AUGACAGGAGUCACGUUGAAUAAUGACAUCCCACUCUUUGAUUGGGGUGGACUUUUUAUCUUUAACAGAAUCAUUUUUUUUUGCUUUCCAGGUAUUGACUUACUGGAAGUCUUCAAGAGUGGAAACUUCACAAAAGGAAUCACCCAAGAACAAGGACCCCUACCUCAUUCUAAAAUCUGGCGGUUACGCCCCAAAACAAAUCUCAUCAACAUCCCACCGCACCAGAUCGCGCCCUUACGGAACCAACUCAUGAGGAGCCAUGCAUUUAGUGUGUACUUCCUCGCACGGCAGUUAGAACAGACCUCAGGAAUGUUAUUCUCUAUCAGCUCAUUGGAAGGCAGGGUGCUGUUCACAUUGACAUCAAGUUCUCGGACCGGUGAAAUGCGAAUCAGGUACCGAACACGGGAAUCUGAGAGUCUCCUUCAGACUGUUCUUCCGACGCCCUUGAUUGAUUCGGCGCGGUUUGCGCACACGCUUCUCAUUGUUGAUGGAGAUCAUUUGACCUUGUUUACUGAGUGCAAGUCCUCUGUAGAUGUUACGCUUGAAGGUGUCGUGAACUUUGACCUCAGAGAUGAUGCAACGGUGACAAUUGGUCAAGGUCCUUUAGGACGAAAUAAGUUCAAUGGUUGGCUGCAGGAGAUGGUGCUCUACCCCUUAGCGUUGACCGACAAACCUUGGACGUGCUCGCAAGAUAGUGUUGCUGCCAGGGAUGGAGACAUCUUUUUGAAUGACCAGCCUCAACUUGCUGAAUUACAAAGCAGAGAAACACUGAUUAUUGAGCCCAGACAGAAUGACGGCCCUGCAGCGGCCGCUGCUCUGACACAAGGAGAAUCUGAUCGUAUCCAACGGCUGGAGACAUCAGUCAGGGAUUUGACCAAUAUGGUCAACAUGCUAAAAGCACAGGUGUCAAUACUGGACCAGAGGUUGAUAGAACGAGAGAGAUGUGAAUGCAGGAACCCUGACACUGGUAACCUAUUACCCUGCUUUCAUCAAGGUCAGCAAUACAGUGAUGGCGAUUCUUGGUAUCCCGAUCCAUGCACAGCCUGCCGCUGUCAGAGAGGAGAAUCUGUUUGCAGUGUUGAUAUGGAACGUCAGCAGUGCAGAGAACCAUGCGCCAUUAAUCCUUGCCUUAAUGGAGGAACUUGUCAACCCCUUCCCAUGGUUGGAACAUUCGUCUGCAUCUGCCCUCCAACCUGCACUGGCUCUCAGUGUGAGCACAAGAUCAAUGUGUGUGCCUUGCCGCUUGCAUAUGGUGAUUGUGAUGCUGUCGGCAUGAUCAGAUAUUUCUACAACUACAACAGUAUGCGCUGUGAACCAUUUGAGUAUACAGGAUGUGGUGGAAAUAACAAUAAUUUCAGAUCAGAGAGGGAUUGUCAGGAGCAGUGCAUGAUGGGAGCUUGUUGUCGACGUAAUCUUGAUUACCAAAGUGGUAGUGCCACAACUCCUGCUGGAUUCACUUGUAUGGAAACUACACUGAGCAACUGCCGUGACCAGACAACAGCAGCCCAACCUUUGACCUCAAGAGAGCAGAGUUUAGAGGUGACUGCCUUCCAUCCAGGUAUGUUGUGUGCCAAUGUGAGCUGUGAUCUUCCAGGGGAUAAAUGCAUGGUUGCAGGAGAGUAUGCUGCCUAUGCAAUGGAGACCUUCCGGAGUGGAUGCCAAUCCUGUCAGUGUCUUACUGGAGGGCGUGUACAGUGCAGGUGUGAGAACUUGACAACAAGGAAGGAGGUCCGGGACAUGACUCGGUUGGAAAUGGAUCUGUUCCAGUCGGCUAUCCGUCAGCUCCAGUCCUCUGGACCGGAGUCACGUUGGUCUCACAUGAGGGAUCUCUACAUGAAGCAUGUGAUGGAAGCCCACAGUCAAGCUUCCUUCCUGGUUUGGCACAGGAAUUUCCUCAGGGAGGUGGAGCGUAUGCUGCAGGACAUUGACUGCAGGGUUGCUCUUCCCUACUACGACUUUACAACUGAUGUGGGCAAUCUAUCUCAUUCUAUCGUGUGGCAACCCAAUUUCUUUGGUGGUGAUGGUGUUGGACCAGGUAGCUGUGUGCCAGAUCACCCCUUCCGUUCUGGAGGUCAGUGGGAUCCUUGCCUUGCCAGGCAGUUCCAGUCCACAGCUCAACUCCCGUCCAAGAUCGAUGUAGCCCAGGCGAUGUCUAGCACCGACUUUGCCACCUUCGAAUCCUGCCUUCAAGCCAUCAUCGGUCACGUCUACAGCUACAUCGGUGGCCACAUUGCUUCCUCUGCAGCACCAUACGACCCCAUCUUCCUUGCGCUUCAAUCCUACGUGGACAUGCUUUUCUGGCGAUGGCAACAGAUGAACGGCAAUGCCAACAGCUACCCUGUGCAGGCUCGUGAAGUCCCGAUGGUUCCCUUUGGUAUGAGGCCUAUGGAUGUCAUGAGUUCAGAAGCACAACUCUGUGUGACUUAUGCCCUCCAGGGCUUUGGCCAUCCUUGUAACAACACUGGCCUGCUCUUUGAUGAUCAAGGCUACGAUGCUGAGGGGUACAAUAGGAAUGGCUUUGAUAGAUUUGGUUUUGACAGAUUUGGAUAUGACAUUGGUGGACGUAAUCGCUUUGGUCAGGUCGACCCUCGUGAGAUCUACAUCUACAGUGGCUAUGAUCUUGAGGGUUAUGAUAGAAGAGGAUAUGAUCGCAGAGGUUAUAACAGAUUUGGAUUCAAUGUAGAAGGUAUCAAUCGAGAUGGCUUCGAUGUGAACGGCUAUGAUAGAAGAGGUUUCAAUCGUUAUGGCUUUGAUCGGAAUGGGUACGACGAACGUGGCUUUAAUCCAUUUGGUUACCACCGAAGUGGAGUUUUAGAUGCAACAGACUUCUACAAUAAUCAAGGGUACAAUUAUCAGUGCUUAGACCGCAGCGGAGUCAACCAGGAUGGGUACGACCAAUUUGGCUUCAACUCCAACUACCUGGAUGCCUCCUACUGUAACUAUACUUACGCUGGGCCCCAUUCGCUUCGUCUCACCUACCAUCUUGAUGAGCUCCUCUUCAAACAGAAUGUGGAGUUCCUGCGAUCGAUACCUCGCACCUGUCCGCUUCCUGUGGAGGAUCCGGUGCUGUGGUAUGAACAGACCUGGCUUAUGUCUCCAAAGGAUCUUCCUAGUAAGAGUAGUGUCCUGGGUAUCAGUCAUUUCCCAUUAUCAACAUAUUCUAGAAGAUUCUGCCUGGACGUUGAACCUCUAAUCUCUAAUUGCCCCUGUGAUGGUGAACCUGUGGUGUGUGACCUCAAUCCCUGCGAUGUGGGGUGUGGUGGUUUUGAGAAUGCCGUCUGCUUCCUUGAUUUCUGCAAUGAAUGUCAGGCGAGAUGGUAUCGAGAGGGAAAUCCAGUCAACUGUGGAUUGGAAGUUAAUGAUUGUGUAAAUGGUACGGUUGUUCAUCAGUCAGGCUCUCUCUGGAAGCCAGAUGCAUGUACCACAUGUACUUGCACAAGAGGAACAGUGGACUGUGAAAGGGAUUCAUGCCUACCGACGCUUUGUGACUAUCCUUCUACACCCUUUGGAGAAUGCUGUCCUGUUUGUUAUGAUUGCCAGUAUGGGGGGCAGCUGAUUAUCAACAGGGAGACUAUUGUACCCCUCAACGACAACUGUGCUGUUUGUGAAUGUAGGAAUGGUAACGUGAGAUGUCAGACAACAGAUUGCCCCAGACCACAAUGCACUCAUCCACUCAAACCAAGAAACGGAUGCUGCCCAGAAUGCAAUGGUUGUGACUACGAGGGCAGAAGGCUAUCCAAUGGGGAGACCUUCUCUGGUGAUGUCUGCACAUCUUGUACCUGCACCUAUGGCUCUGUCACCUGUGAACCUCUCCAAUGUCCAUCACUGAGCUGCCUCCAGCAGAUGACUCCCACCGGUGAAUGCUGCCCUCGUUGUGCCGAUGGUUGCGAGUAUGAGGGGAUGGAGUUCAGUAAUGGAGAUUUCUUCACGCCUAUGUCGAACCCGUGCCUUCGAUGUUCUUGUUUAAAUAACAUCGUUCGUUGCAAUCCUCUUCCUUGUGAAGACGCACCCUGUCCCAACCCUGUGCUUCUCCUGGGUGCCUGCUGUCCCAUCUGUACUGAUAAGUGUGUCUACAAUGGCCGUACCUACAACAACAAUGCCCGAUGGGUAGCUGAUGAUCAGUGUCAACAGUGUAGGUGUCAGGACUCAAAGGUGACCUGUACAGAUCUUACUGAGUGUCGUGUGGAGUGUCAGCAUGGACAUAUAGCAGAAGGCCAGUGUUGUUCAGACUGCACAGACUGUUCUUACGAAGGGCAGUUCAGACGGAAUGGCGACGAGUUCAGCAGCGCCAAUGAAUGCAGCACAUGCCGCUGUCACUACGGCACUGUCCGCUGCCAACGCCGCCCUUGCCCAAGCACAGGAUGUCGCCAAGAAGAGACCCUUGACGGGGAGUGCUGCCCAGUCUGCCGCGGCUGCCUUGAUCGUUCUGGAACACGCCAUGACCAUGGUGCAAGGUUCAUUCCUCCGUACGAUGUCUGUUCUGAAUGUUCUUGCGAAGAGGGUAGGCUGACGUGUCAAGCUAUCCAGUGUACUGAUCUUUGCUCACAUCCAGUCAUUAACGCCAACGAGUGCUGUCCAGUCUGUGACAGCUGUCAGGAUGGCUCUACGGUAUAUGCCAACGGGGAUGUCGUCCAGAGUCCGGAGCGAUGCCAGACCUGCCGUUGCUCUCAGGGAAGCAUCAUCUGUGAUCCCGUCACCUGUCCGCAGGUGUCGUGCUCGAAUCCUGUGAGGAUGCCAGGCCAGUGCUGCCCGGAGUGUAGGCAGUGUGUCUUUGAAGGCACAACUUACCAGAAUGAAGAAGAGUUCAUCUCCCAAAGAGAUCCAUGCCAGAGAUGUAGGUGUGAGGUGGGAGAAGUCCGAUGCACUGACCAGCGAACCCAAGGAUUGGUAUGUGGUCCCCCAUGCUCCCAUCCAGUCCAGAUACCGGGUCAGUGCUGUCCAGAGUGCUCCCAGUGUGAGUACGAUGGAAGGAUCAUCCCGGAUGGCAUGCAGUUCAGACACUUCACAGAUCCUUGUCAAAUAUGCACUUGCUCUAGGGGAUCUGUUGUAUGUGAACCUGAAACCUGCCCCCCUGCCCAGUGCAGUAACCCUGUUUACGUCAACCCUGAUGACUGCUGCCCUCGUUGUCAGGUGUGUGUAGAUGCUGGUAGGGAGUACCAUGAGGGCGAGAGAUGGGAGUCUAGCAGUGAUCCUUGUCUUGAAUGCAGCUGUCAGGACCUUCGUGUUUCAUGUGAACCCCGACCUUGUCCUGCAGUACAGUGUACCCACCCUGGAAAAAUCCACAGUAUGUGCUGUGCGGAGUGUUCAGACUGUGAGUAUGAUCGUCGCUACAUCAGCAACGGACAGGUCUUUGGAAACCCACUCAAUCGAUGUGAACGAUGUACCUGUCUUAAUGGGAACAUCAUCUGUGAGCCACAGGAAUGUCCUCUAACCCUCUGUCAGCAGCCGUAUACUCCAGAGGGACAGUGCUGUCCUGUUUGCAGGGAGUGCUUCUACAGCGGUGUCGAGUAUCAGGAGGGGGAACGGUUCACAUCCCAGCAGAACCCUUGUGUGGAAUGUAUUUGUAGGAGUGGAGAGGUGACCUGUGAACCGAAACCUUGCCCACCAGCUAACUGUCCAUAUCCUAUGCGAGAAACCUGCUGUGCAACUUGUGAUGGGUGCUUUUACAACGGCAGGAACCACGAUAACGGUGCCUUGUUUUUGGACACUUCCCAGGAUUGCCGUGAAUGCCAGUGUGUCAGUGGAGACGUCCUAUGCACCAGGCCUCUCUGUCCUGAACUUGUAAACUGUGAAAUUGAAAGAACUCCACCUGGAGAGUGUUGCCCAAUUUGCGAAGUGCAAAAGCAGUUGACGUGUUCUUUUGGAGACCAGAAUUACAACGAUGGGGAUACCUUCUACAAUCCGAUCAAUAACUGCCAGAGAUGUGAGUGUAGAAAUGGAAAAGUAGAGUGCGCUGAUUCCCCAUGCCCUGAUGUUUCUUGUACUCAUCCUUUGAGGUUUGGAUGCUGUCCUUCAUGCGAUGGAUGUACAUAUGGUAAUGAAAGUUACGCCAAUGGAGUUGUGUUUGCUGAACCAGACAAUGCUUGUGGACAAUGUGCCUGUGAAGGCGGAUCCGUUACGUGUAGUCCACUGUCUUGCCCACCUCUAAACUGUCCACAUAAGACAAAGCCUGAAGGAGUUUGUUGUGAGAUCUGCAUUGACUUGGACUGUGUAUUCCUUGGAGAAACCUUCCUACAUGGAAAGCGAUUCACUCAUCCACAAGAUGUAUGCCAAGAAUGUGUCUGUGAUGAUGGGAACACUGAUUGUACCGUUGCACCUUGUCCCACUUUGGACUGCCCGUACCCUAAACGAGGCCCAUGCUGCGAGCAGUGCGAGGGUUGUUUGUAUAAUGGAGAUGAAUUCAAUGAUGGCGAUGUAUUCUUCAAUCCCAUAGAUCACUGCCAGGAAUGUGAGUGUCAGUCUGGAUUUGUCAAUUGCAGACCCAGGACAUGUCCAGAGGUCACUUGUGAACACCCAGUUACAAUCUCAGGAGACUGCUGUCCUGUGUGUGAUGGCUGCUUGUACUUGGGACGUCCGUUUGAAAAUGGGGGAUCCUUCCGUAACCCACAGGAUGUAUGCCAGUCUUGCACAUGCAGGGAUGGCAAUGUUAUUUGCGAGAGAGCAGAAUGUCCCAUAGCCAGCUGCCCAUUCCCAGGUCAAGAUCAGUGUGGCUGUCCAACAUGUGCUACUUGCAACUACAACAACAUAGAAUAUACAGAUGGUGCAAUAUUUCCUCAUAAUAAUGACUCAUGCAGGGAGUGCAUUUGUAGACAGGGUGAUGUUGACUGUAGAAUACGGGAAUGUCCUCAACCUAGGUGCUUUCACCCAAUUCAACUUCCAGGGAGAUGCUGUCCUUCUUGCGAUGGAUGCACUUACGAUGAAAACAACUAUGAAAAUGGCCUGGAGUUCACAGAUACUGUUGACAGUUGCAGGAUUUGCACUUGUCUAAAUGGAAAUGUUAAUUGCGCCACUCGUCCUUGCAAUGUUGUAUCCUGCACUCAUCCUAUGCAAGAUGCCUGCAAUUGCCCCAGUUGCGAUGGCUGCAUGUAUGAAGAUGUGAUGGCUGUCAGCGGUAUGACUUUCAUGGAUCCAAACAAUAUGUGUAGGGACUGCUUGUGUCUGCAAGGAUCUGUCAGCUGUAUUGAUCGUCCAUGCCCACCAGUAAACUGUACAACCCCGUUGAAUGUUCCAGGAGAGUGUUGCCCAUCAUGCCCUGAGGAUGUCUGCGGAGAACUGGAAUCACUCAACCCCUGCCAAGAGUGUGAGUGUGUUGAAGGGGCGUGGCGUUGUGUAGACCGACCCUGUGGUCCUGCGCCUUGUCCGAAUCCUGGCAGCGAUGGUUGCUGUAGGGUAUGCGAUUCCUGUAUGUAUGGUGGCAAACCUUGGGCAAAUGGUGACAGUUUCCCGGCUCCUGAAGACCAGUGCCGUACAUGCCAAUGUAAUAAUGGAUUUGUGAGCUGCCAGGAUCCAACCUGUCCUUCUAUUGCUUGCAGUCACCCUGUUAUCCCUGCAGGACAAUGCUGUCCUGUAUGUACUGGACAGUGCACUGUUGAUGGAAUAACCUAUGAUAAUGGAGAGAACUUUACACCUGCAACAGAUUACUGCCAGCGUUGCAAUUGCCGCAAUGGUCAGGUGUACUGUGACCGAAUCACUUGUUCCCAGCUUUGUGCACAUCCUCAAGAAGUACCUGGACAGUGUUGUCCCGUUUGUGAAGGUUGCUUCUUUGAAAACCUGCUUCUUUCAAAUGGACAGUCCUUCAGACACCCUUCGGAUGUCUGUCAGAGCUGUAUGUGCAUCAAUGGGAAUGUUGAUUGUCAGACUGUAAACUGCCCAACACUGACCUGCCCAAAUCCAGAAAGAGCAGAAGGAGAAUGUUGUGGGAGAUGUCUUGAGUGUACCUACAAUGAUCAGCAGUAUCAAGAUGGAGCAGUAUGGUUUCCUGUUGAUAGGCAGUGUACACAGUGUGAAUGCAUAGGUGACCAGGUCACCUGUGGCGCACUUGAGUGCCCCGAGACUCGUUGUACACAUGCUGUCAAAGGCACAUGUUGCGCUAUCUGUGAUGGCUGUUUGUUUGAAGAGAGACUGUACAAUAGUGGAGAGAACUUCAGGCCUGAUGAUUGCAGACAGUGCAACUGUGUAAACGGCAAUGUUUUAUGCAUUGAGCAAGAGUGUCCCUUAUUGACUUGUGCAAACCGAGUGAGAGACAUUGGCCAAUGCUGCGAGCGAUGUGCAGGGUGUACUUAUGAAGGUUUUGAAUACUCCAAUGGAGAGUCUUGGGUGUCUGCACUUAAUCCAUGUUUAACUUGUCAGUGUCAAGACGGAAUGACCGUGUGUACAGAGAUACGUUGCCUGACACCCGAUUUCUGCACAACACCUCAGUAUGUCCCAGACCAGUGCUGUCCAAUUUGUCCCGGUUGCGUUUACAAUGGUGUGACUUACAAUGAUGGCCAGCGUUUCAAUCCGUAUAAUGAUCCUUGUGAGUCGUGCCACUGCGAGAGAGGAAGCUUACUGUGCCUACGCGAGAGUUGCCCCACCAUGGCAGACUGUCCAGCGGAACAGGUUAUUCCACCAGCCAUCGGAGAGUGCUGCGCUACAUGUACUGCUGAACAACGCACAAGGGAAUGCACCUCUCAGAAUGUUGGGGAAAUUUUCAAACCGUAUAGUGAUCCAUGUUACACUUGUGAAUGUAAAAAUUCAUCUCUUUGGGAGUGCAUGAGUGAAAUGUGUCCGAUGCUGAGUUGUCCUCGUUCUGAACAAUUUGUCCCCAGGGGUGAGUGUUGCCCUCGCUGUCAGCGUUGUAUCGAUGAGGAAACUGGCAACAAUUACUUGGAUGGGCAAUCCUGGAAUCGAGGUCUUGACAAUUGCAUAAGAUGCAGCUGCAACGGUGGGGCCAUUGAGUGUGAGAUCCAACAGUGUGAGUCACUGACAUGCCCUGAGGGAGAGGAACUGUACAAGCCUCAAGGAUCAUGCUGCUUUGCUUGCCGAAUGGCUGCCGAACCUUGCACCUACCAGGGAAUCAUCUACCAAUCCGGUGACAUGUGGUUGAGAGAUGAGUGCACUACCUGCGAAUGUGUAGCAGGAGAGGUCCAGUGCAGAACUCAACGCUGCCAGGUCAUGAACUGCGCUGCUGAUGAGACUCCUGUUGUGAAUCCCGGAGAAUGCUGUCCUCGAUGCAUCUUGCGCCCUGCAACCUGUAUUGCCUUUGGCGAUCCUCAUUACCGCACAUUUGAUGGGAAACUAAUCCAUUUCCAGGGAGCUUGCCGUUACAUUAUGACUAUGGAUUGUGAAAACCAAGACUUUAUCGUUGAGGUGACAAAUGACGAUAGGAACAUGGGAGCUGUUUCUUGGACACAGGAAGUUACAGUGAUCGUGGAUGGAAAUGAAGUUAACUUAGGACAAAGUGGCAUUGUCCAAGUCAAUAAUGAAGUAGUUACAUUACCAUACCUCAUGCAGCCAUUUAUUUAUAUUGAGAAACGAGCCACAACGUUCUAUGUCAAUACAAACUCUGGAGUGUCUGUUCUCUGGGAUGGAAGCAGCUAUGUUGAAGUCAGUGUUCCCGGUACAUACGCCAGGAAGACAUGUGGCCUUUGUGGAAACUUCAAUGGCUACCCACAGGAUGACCUGCGCACCCGAUCUGGACAGCUUGCUAACUCGGUGGCUGUCUUCGGGAACAGCUGGAAGGUUUCUGACCAAGAUGGCUGCGAUGUCAAGGACACCGACCCUUGCACAGAGGCAGGAUUCCAUGCUAGGAAGCUGGCAAACAUUAAGUGUGCUGUGCUGAAGUCUCAUAGGUUUACAGCCUGUCAUUCCAAAGUGCCUCCUGAACAGUACUAUGCUGCAUGUGUCUAUGAUCUCUGUGCCUGUGGCUCCAGUGAUACCUGUCUUUGUGAUGCUGUUGCAGCAUAUGCUGCAGAAUGCAGGCAGGAAGGAAUUCAUCUCAACUGGAGAUCAUCUUCACUCUGUGCUAUCGACUGUCCAGCAGAUAGAGGCUUCUUGUUUGAUGAGUGUGGCCCUGCCUGCCCAAGGACCUGCGCAAACAAGGAUAUUCCACCAGAAAUCCUUCACGAUCAGUGCUUACGCCCGUGCGUUCCUGGAUGUAAUUGUCCAGCCAGCAAAGUCCUGCACAAUAGCAGGUGUAUAAGUGAGUCGGAGUGUCCUCAGGACUACAAUAUCAACUCGACUCUUUUAGAGCCACCAAUUUAAUCAGUCAACGGAAAACUGUUGAGCCUCUGGAUGCAUUGGUACUUCACAUGUGGGGGAGAGUUAGCAUCCCCCAGUUCUCCACGAUACGGAGAACGGAAAAAAAAACUCGGAAUUCAGGAAGAACAUAGAAAUCACAGGAAAACACAAUUUUUUUUCAGACUACAGGAUUAAAUGGUGGAAAAAUACAGUGAUGAUUAUGAAUCCAUGAAAAGAAAACCUGUGCAUAGUAGACAAAAAAAUUAUCUUCAAUCCUAAUUGCAGUGUUAGGCAGGUGUUUUCCAAGCUUUAUCUGCAUGGAAAGUAAAAUUUAUGAUAAUAAUUGUUAUUAUUUACGAGUGCUUCAUCAUAUGUUUUGUACAAGUCACCGAAGAACAACGAAAUGAGAUGUUGAGGUCUCAGAAGAAGACAGCAUUGUCGUUUCAAAAAAUGGAAAACUGAUGUCCCUUGGGAGCUAUAGAGUGAGUGUCUCCGAUGAUUGCAUGUACAUGUAUAUCACCUAGAUCGUUGGCUUCAGACUCAAGUCAUUGUUGCUACAACAGGUGGUUCCAUGGUAACUUUUUCAGUGUGGCUAUACCAUUGGUCAUGUCUUCAUUUUGUGAUACUGGGUACUAAAACCACCAAACUCCAAGUAAUAUGUGCCAUUUGCAUUGCCUACACGGUUGAUAAAUUGUCUUUGAUGUUGUUUUAAAAGUUUAUAAACAUUUUUAGCUGUAUCCUUUAUUUUUAUUUGCAUCGAGAGGCAAUGUUAUUUUCGGUAUGAUGACAGACAUUGUGACAUGGGCCGGUAUUCAAUUUGUUACUUAGGCCAGAAUGUAAGUAUUUCACUCAGUAUGUUGCUUACACUGUAAGUAUUUAAUCAUGUUUGGUGUUCAAUUGCAUUUUUUGGCUAAAUACUUAAAUCUAAGUCAGCCACCUACCAGGCUUACAUGUAAGUCUAGUUUGUGGGCAGUUUACAAGCGCAGCCAUACAUUCUGCGCACUGAUGUAUACUUAUAUUGCACAUUAUUUGGCUCAAACUUUAUCAUGUCACGAUGAUGAAGUAAAAUGCGUAGAUGUGAUCUUUUAUGCAUUUUGCUUUAAUAGCCAAGUAAGAUACUUACAAAAUCAAUACUUUCAAUUGAAUAGCAGCCUUGGUUAUCCUCAUUAUUAUAGUAACUGGUGUAUUUAUGCUUUACAUCGCAACUUUGAUCAUAAUAGUAACCAAUAAAGAGCUAGGCUUUUGUAAAGUCUUCUACCCACUUUGCGUCUUGUCUGCAGCAAUAACACAAUUCAAUUGCUAAUUUUAGUAAAUCACCCCAUAUCUAGAGCAUUUAUUAAACCAUGUGCUAUUCAAAAUCUUGAAUUAAGCCAAAAAAUUCUACUCUUGCUUUGCUAAGAAAUUUACUUUUUUGUAUUUAGUUCAAGUAGUAUUCUACUUCAGUCAGUCAUAAUGUCGUUCGGGUGGGGGGAGGGGGGCAGUCAAAUAUAUUGCUGUACACAGGCGUGACCCCAAAAACGCGUUAAAAGGGGUGUUUUUUCCAUUUUGGACGCGGGCCGCGCGUGCACUCGUUAAGGGUAUCAAAAACACAGAAUUUCAAGAAAAAGGGUGUUUUUGAAAGACUGGUCAAUGGUCAAUGUUUAGGGUAUGUUUCUUCCACAAGCUCUUUUGCCGAGGUCAUAUUCUGGCAACAACUUGUUUAGGGGCCAAAUUGUGUAAAUAAAGCCCGCGAAAAAAACUUGUUUAGGGGGUGUUUUUCCACACAGAGAAAAAACUUGUUUAGGGUGUGUUUGGAAAUAAUUUAGUCACGCAUGUGUACAACAAGACAUUUGACUGCCCCCCCCCCCCCCCUGGAUGUCAGUAAGCCAAAAUAAUUUACUGGAGAGUAUUGUGACAUGUUGGCAAAUAGAGUACAACAAGCAUGGUGCACCAGUUAAGUGUUACUUAAUAAUUCUGUGCAGCUCAGGAUUACUGCAUGCAAAAGCUUUAACCUUCCGGUGAUAUUUCUGAAUUUUUUUGCUCAUAAUUAUCCUUGAGAGGUGAGUUGAAUGUGAAAAAGAAUACUUAGCCAAAUUAAAGAAUUGAAAAACUAAACUUGGCUAAGUAUCUUAUCCAAGCAAAAUUGUAUAUAAAAUUCAAAUUUUUCUGACUUACGUAUCAAAUUGAAUUAAAGCUGUAUACUCUUGCAAUGUCUACAAGAAGAGGUGAUAUUUUAUACUACCAGCUAUUUGUAAAUUACAUGUGUCUGUACACAUAAUUGGUAAUCGUUUCUUGUGCUAAAUGAGAUACUCCCAUAUUGGCUUUUUUAACAUUAUGGAGUGAAAACUCUUUUUAUUCUUCUAAUAUCUUGACAAAUAUCAACAAUUAAUAACGAAAUACCGGUUAACAAGAAGAGCUUGUUAUCUCCAAUGAUCUGACAUGGUGGUUCAGUGGUAGAUUGCCUGCCCCUUGAAUGAGAGGUUGUUUGUUUGAUUGAUCCCUAGCCAAGCCAGUUAUUCAGGUGCGGAUCCAGGAUUUUUCAAAGGGGGGGGGGGGCAUUUGGUACAUGAAAAAUUUGACAACCCCCCCUCAAAAAAAAAAAAAUAAUAAUAAAACUUGACAAGCAAAAAAUAAAGGGUAGGGGGCAUGGGCUAGAUGUGCCCUCCCUCCCCCAUCCCAGAUUCACCACUGCACUUCUUAAAAAACAUGACCUUGGCUAGGAAACCUCAUACAGUUCUCAUAGCAUUCAAGGAAUUCUUAUUAACAUUUUUAUUUUUGAAAGAUGUCCAUUAUCUGAACCAAGAUAUUUUGAUGUAAUCAUGGUGCUUGAAGUACAUGCAAUGUUGAAUGUGAAGAAAAAUUUUAGAAACAACAAAAUUGAAAAUUGUGACCUCAAUUUUCAAAAUGUAAAUAGAUAAAGAAAAUGAAGUUAGUCUUUUUAUACUGUAUAAUGAUUAUAACGAUAAUGAUAUCAAUACAUGUACUUGUACAUGGAAUUAUUAAAUGCUAUCAACAGUGAGAAAUUAACAUAAUAUGUCAGGAAUUAUGCUUAUUGUUCUCUGCAUACAUCAGACAGUUUUUUGUGAAUUCCUUAGGAUGCUUUUCACAAACUAAUUCCUUAAUAUGCUGCAUUGGAUAAACUUUAACAUUGCAGUGGAUGGGGAAUUUCAGGGGGCUCUUUCUUUCAUUUCCAGCCCCCCCCCCCCCCCCCCCCGUCUUGCAAAGAGUUGCGAUUGAUCCGAUCAAUCACAACUAUGGACGGCCAGCAGAGUCAACAUCUAUUAUGCAUGUUUGUUCAAAAUAUUUUCUAACUAUGAUGCAUUCAUUUUUUCUUGAAAAUUCACUGUGCUUGGUUUUUUUUAAAAAGGACAUUGUGCAAAUUUCCUGUAUAAUAAAUUAUGACACUGAUGGAUUUCCAUAGAGUUACGAUUGAUUGAAUCAAUCAUAACUCUUUGUAAGGCUGGACCCAGGACUGUUUUUGAGCAUUUCAGGGGCAAAACCGCCUCAAGCCCCCACAUAAUUUUUCCCUUUGGCAUGCAUCAUUGCUUUUUUAUUUUAUAAUUCCGAGAGCACUCAUAAAUCUCGAGAUUGAAAUACUACCUACAUGUAUAUGUUGACCUGAAUUCAACCUGUGAGAUACCCUAAUUCAUCCUACAAUGUACAGUACAUGUGCAUGUACUUCUCAUAAUAAAUUUUAAUUUGAUGUAUCUGCGUCAACGCACUAAUAUCCCCAAUUACAAAAGGCAUGAAUAAUUUUUUUUGUUGACUGAUAAGGGAUAUUUUCUGGAUCUAAUUGCAAGUUGAUCAAAAAAAGAAAGGUAUAAAAGUAGGAUCUUGGGACUUGUUAAACAGGUAAUUUUAAAGGUCAAGUCCACCCCAACAAAAUGUUGAUUUGAAUCAAUAGAGAAAAAUCAGACAAGCACAAUGCUGAAAAUUUCAUCAAAAUCGGAUGUAAAAUAAGAAAGUUAUGACAUUUAAAAGUUUCGCUUAUUUUUAACAAAAUAGUUAUAUGAACGAGCCAGUUACAUCCAACUUAGAGAGUCGAUGAUGUCACUCACUCACUAUUUCUUUUGUUUUUUAUUGUUUGAAUUAUACAAUAUUUCAAUUCUUACGAAUUUGAUGAUUAGGACCGCCUUGCCUGAACCACAAAAUGUUAAAAUAAUGGAAUUCCACGUAUUCAGGGAGGAAUGAAACUUCAUUUCACAUGACAAUGACAAGAAAAUCAAAAUAUUUCAUCAUUCAUAUAAUAAAAUACAAAAGAAAUAGUGAGUGAGUGAUGUCAUCAGUUCCCUCAUUUGCAUACCGACCGGAUGUGCAUAUAACUCUUUUGUGAAAUGAAGCGAAACUUCAAAAUGUCAUAACUUUCUUAUUUUACAUCCGAUUUUGAUGAAAUUUUCAGUGUUAUGCUUGUUGAAUUUUUCUCUUUUUAUUUGAGUCAAGUUUUUGUUGGGGUGGACUUGUCCUUUAAGGACAGAUAACCUAGCUCUAUGUAAACCCAAACCCACAUAUAGAUUAUAGCAUUUGCAAAGUAAACAAGAUAAUCGGUAAUUGACAGAUUGUCAGUAUCUGAUAUUACAAUUUAGGCACAAUAGAUACAGUAAACUUUAUUUUCAAGUUUGUGUGAGCAGAGCUUGUCAUUUUGUAGAUAUAUUAUUCAUGGGGUAGUGUUUAUAGAUCCUUAAUCCUAUCCAUGGACCUAUUGCAUAAAACAUUUGCCAUAAAAAACAGCUAUCAAAUAAACAAUAUUUGCCAGGGUUUUUCUUUUAUUGUUACCGACCCCAGGGAAUUGUUUAAUCCCUGAAAUGUGCAUUAUGUUGGUGGGAAAGAUGAUGAUAUCUUAGAAGAGAUGCAUCAGGUAUUACUACUAAUGACUGAGAUUUCUUAUCACCCUCCGGGAAUUGAUAGAUGAAAAACAAGUCUUUCGAAAUUCUUUAAAAAGUCUUAGGGAACCAUUUUAAGAAAAUCUUUGUAGCAUUACACGUACUUUGGAAUAUUUUAAGGGGAAUUAUGAUGAAAGCCAGAGGAAUUGCAUUUAACAAUAAUGGUAUCGUGUCUCAUAUAAGAGAUGGUUUGGCUCUUUCUCCUUCUAAAUACAAUCAAUUAUUCAUGGCACUUAAAAGAAAAAUUACUAUUCAAUGUAGUACAUCAUGCUGUUCCUGAAUAUCUUUUUGUAAAGAGGUGGUGCACCCUGACGAUAAGUUGCAUGUGAUGAAAGCAGAAAGAGUUAUUUGUGAAGGUUUGAUGAAAAUCCAUAAAUGAAUAAGGGAGUAAGAAUUUUGAACAUUGUACAAUUUGUUGAUGUCAUAAUGCGAGUAGCUCCUGCAUAAGUCUCAUAAUUUUCAUUUUUAAAAUGGAAGAUGAAAAGUGCAACUAUUUUUUUCUCACAGGAGAAGGUAUGAAAUGAUGUAUCCGAUGAUAUAUAUAUGUCCUUAUAUUUUUUUUCUUUUGCUCGUCAAAUUUUCCUCAGGGAAAAUCCUGAAUCCAACCCUGAUAUAUAUACUCAACUGACUAAACUUUUAUUGUAAAAAUAGCAACAAGAAUAAUAAUCACAAAAAUAUUGGUGAAGGUUUGAGGAAGUUCCAUCAAGAUUUAAAAAGUUAUUACAAUUUUAACUUUUUAUUUGUGACGUCAUGUGCAGCUUCCCAGGUAUCAUGAAUUUUAAAAAUCAAUGAAAUGUCAUUUUCUCAAAAUAUUGAGGAUUGGUUUUAUUGUACAUUCAGUAUUUCAUCAGACAAAUUAAUUCAUACCCGCUCCUGAAAGAUGAAAAGAUGAACCAUUACAGAAUUGAAAUUUUUGCAUAUUAUAUUACAUAAUAAAUAGGGCACUGAUCGUAUAUGACAUCACAAAUCAAAAAGUAAAAAUUCUGCUAACUUUCUUAAUAUUUGAUGGAUUUUCCUCAAACCUUCACCAAAGUUUAAUGAUAUUUUUCUGUAAUUUUUAUCCAAAAAAAUUGUCAGGGUGAACUUUCCCUUUAACACAGUAGUUAGAACACUGCCAUACCAGAAUGAUAUAGCAAACCACAUGGUCAUUAUUACUUUUGCUAUCAAUGAUUCACCUUUUUUUUACAUUGAGAAAUCUUUUUAUGGUUGAAAAUAUAAUUUUUCUAAUACGUGGCAAUUCUUUCUCUGUUGAAAAUUAGAAUUAAAUGAUAAACAAUUAGCGGCGGGUACUGUGUUGGCAUACACUUGCUACAUGCUGCUUUUCCAGGUGAAUGCCCUUUUUAGACAAGCCUUAAAGGAGAAUGAAACCCUUGAAACCAGCUGAAUCCAUAUCAAAGAGAAAAAUCAAAGAAACAUAUUGUUGAAAGUUUGAGGAAGAUUGAAUGAAUAAUAAGAAAGUUAUGAGCAUUUGAAUAUUAAGAUCACUAAUGCCAUUUAGAUCCUCCCAUUGGCAAUGCGACCAAGAUUUGUGAUGUCACACACAUACAACUCCCUCAUUACUUUAGUACUUAUUUCACUUAUAUUCUCACUUUUACAGAGUCUAUCCCAAGGUGAGGUGUUCUCUUUAUGAGAGAGUACAGAGGUUUCACAAGUACAGAGGUUUCACAACAUUAUAUCAUUGAUGAAUCGUUUGUCAUAUGAUUAGAAUGAGCAAAAAGAGAUGUUUUGGGGUAUAUUUUCAGUGUCCAAAAGGGGAGAGUUGUUCAUCUGUGACAUCAUCGAUCUUGGUCGCAUUGCCAAUGGGAGGAUCUCCAUAGCAUUAGUGAUUUCGACAUUCAAAUGCUCAUAACUCUUCUAUUGCUUGUCCUAUUUUACUCAAACUUUUGUUGAUCUUAUUCUUUGAUUUUUCUGCUUUCACAAAAGCUAACUUGCUCCAAGAGUUUCAUUCUCCUUAAAGCUCUCCCGAGCAUCCUGGGUGAGAAAACACAAUUCAAUCACUACUUUGACCUUUAUAAUCAUCAAUUUUCUCCUAAUCUGAAGAAUCGGAUGAAUUUCUUACUAACAAUAAAUCCAGGGAAUUGCCUAAGUUCUUUUAGCUGUGGAAUCUGUGAAUAUGAUACUGUGUCAUGGAAGUGAGGAUGGGCACUCUAAGAUUUUAUUGGCCAAAUUAUUAAAGGUUAUCCCAUGUGAUCGCAAAAGAAAAUCCUUCUUAUUCUGAAUGCAAUUUAAGGUUGACCCCCUAUCACUAGUAUCUAUGAGAGGCUGUGAUAAUGAUCGAAUCCAUCUUAUCUAAGGUAAUUGGGGAUGGGAAAUUAGUCACUGUAAUUUCAUGAAUGAAAGUAAAGCCAUGAGAUUACACUAUCUUAAUUUUGACUCUUAAUUAAAGGACAAGUCCAUCCCCAACAAAAAGUGAUGUGAAUAAAAAGAUAAACAACCUUCCUCCUGUAGCAAAGGCAACAACCCUUUUGAGCAUUUCAUGAAACAAGAAGUUGUGUUUCACUGUUUAUUUGUCAAAAGUUACUGAAAUCCUUGCUUCUGAUUUGCUCAGAGCAGAAUUGUCAGUGAAAAUUGCAGACAAAUUGUUUUAUGAAAUGCAUCCAGGUACUGAGUAAUAUAAGAGUGGUGUAGAGUUGUAUAAUUUCACAAAUAUGAAUUAACCCCAACCAUAAUCCCUCCCUUCCUCAUGGUGAACAGUUAAUAAUGCUCAACACGCCAAACUCUAUGAAUAAUGAAUAUAAUUACUGUAGCGGUGCCAUUGUCGUAUUAUGCUAUAUGUAGGCCUAUUGCAUUACAGUUUCUUUCAAGUCAUCCAUCAAUUUCCGAAAUGGAGUCAAGGCUUUAGAUUAAAAAGACAAUUACUUUUAUAUCCGCCUUGACCUUUUAUGCUGUAUCUUAAGCUGUAAAAUAAAAGGGAAAGGAUGACAAGCAUUGUUUCCAGUAAAAUGAUAUUACCUUAUCUGAUCAUUGUAUGCAUCAAUACUUUAUUUCAGUCAUAUCAGAAAAAUGUGUACAAAUUGAUAUGAAAUGUAAUGUAAAAACAAUGCAAAAAUACAUGCAUAUAAAUUAUAUUAUAGAAUGCAUAUAAGGGGUGUGUCCGGGUGCAUAAGAUAAAACCUUAUCUUUUUCUCUUGAUUUUAAAAAUCACACUAAUUAGUGAACAUAAUUUUGUAACAUGUUGAGCAUAGAUGUCCAUGUAUAUCAGGUGACUCUUAAUAUAUGUACUAGGCCCAUUGGCGGCGGAAGCCAACAAUUUUAGGGGGGACCACCACACAAUUUUUUGACAAGCAAAAAAAAAAGGUUAUCAACCACAAAUUAUAGGGGGACGCAGGAAAAAAAAUUGACAAGCAAAAAAAAAAAAAAAAAGUUACCAACAAAAAAUUUAGUGGGGAUCGUCCCCCCACCUAAAAUUUAGGGGGGACACGUCCUCCCCGCUUCCGCCGCCUAUAACUAGGCCCAUUGGUGAAGAGGGAGGGGGUUGUGGAACUAACCCCAAAAAGUUUUAUAACCAAGGUAAAGGGGAGAACAAGAUACAGAAAGGAAAAGGGUGGGAAUGAUAUUAUGCAAACAUACAAAGUUUGAUUUUCAUUUUGAAAUGGCAAAAACUAAUAUUGUCUCCCUUAAUCACUCACUGAUGAAGUGAUUCAUCUUCGUACUGAAUAUUGUGCCCCUUAAAGUUAUUGGCUUAUUAUGUCGGUCUCUUUAAAUUGCUGUUUUGUCAUUAUUAAUACAUACCAAUUGGAAUACACCAUUUCUUUGUACAUAAGGCCGGGUAAUUACACCAAAACCAAAUUCUCCUGAAUAAAUUCUGCCCAAAUAUGGCCUGAUCGGAUGGUUUCGGUGGAUUUGAAUGUUCCUGAGUUUUCUCGUAUUCGUAGAGGGAGAUACUCCUGAAACCACCCAAUUAUGUGUAUUCGGGUGAAUUAGCAUCUGAUUCGGUUCCGGUGUAACCCGGCCUUUAUAUUUACAUUUUCUAUUACAACAGGACAUGAAAAUACCUAGAGUUAAUGUUCGUUGGCAUUUGUUAUGUUUUCAACCGAGCUUAAUGCAGAAUUCCUCAGAUUUGGUGCUUAAAAUAUACAUGUAGGCUGAUAUUAUACCAGUAUUUUUACAAUAUGCUGCAUUUAACAAUUUCAAGUGGUGCUUUAUUUCAUUUCCUUUUAAUCAAACAAGAGUACAAGAGAGA